AUGCAUUUCCUCCGUCCCAGCAUUCAAUCUAAGUUUAUCCCAACCGUUCAUGCCCUAAAACGAACUUUCCAAAAAUCCUCAAGUCUCCAAAACGUUGCCAACCCCCCUCGCCAACUCGCAGGGAAAAACUGUAUCAUCACAGGAGCAUCCCGAGGCAUAGGCGCCGAAAUCGCAAGGCGUUUUGCAAGAGAAGGUGCAAAAUGCCUUUUAAUUGGCAGGAAUAAGUCGUCAUUAUGGAAGGUGAAAGACGGAAUGGAAGAGACGGACGGGCAGGAGCAUAGAAUUUUGGUGGGUGAUGUUGGGGAUGGAAGACAAGUUGAUAUCCUUGUCAAUGCCGCUGGAGUCACUCAUUACUCUCCUCUUUUCGUCACGAGUACGAGUCUUUUGGACGAGGUGGUCACAACGAAUCUUAUGGGCACCAUGAUGGUAUGUAGGACGGUAGGGAAAAAUAUGAUGGCCAUGAAAGGAGAAGGCUGUAUCAUCAAUGUUGCCUCAUUGCUCGGCCUGAAAGGUGGUAAGGGAAGUGCUGCGUAUGCUGCAAGUAAAGCUGGAGUCAUUGGCUUGACUCGAGCUCUGGCAUCCGAACUUGGAGAUAAAAACGUUAGGGUCAAUGUCCUUGUGCCUGGCUACAUUGAGACAGAUAUGACUGAAGCCAUGACGCCUGAAGCAAGAUCUCAAGCCCUGAACUCCAUUCCCUUAAAGCGGUUUGGACAAGCUGCUGAAAUUGCCGACGCCGCCGUUUUUCUGGCCACGAAUCAAUAUGCGAAUAAUUGUGUGCUUAAUCUUGAUGGCGGUUUGAGCGCCACAUGA